AUGUGGGCAGAUCGGCGGUUGGGUCAGUCGACUCCCUCAGCUACUCCUCCACAAUCGCGACCCUACUCUCCGGCAUCCAGGCGAACCGGACCUGGACCUCUUCCUCCUCGGCCCAGCUUGUACUCUCGAUCGUCCUCAUCGUCGCUCGCCUCAACGCCCAAUGCGUCGGUAACGAGCCUUGCUCCCGCGGCAAGGCAGCCAAAUGGAUCCAGUCUGCGCAAUGAGAUCACACAUCCGCCUCCAGACAAUGUGCCAGACCCAUUGGAGGUGUUGCAAGCCAUUGUUGGGAAGCCUUUGAGCACACAGGCUGACAAUGGCUCGACGCCUGAUCGUGCAUGGAGGCCGGAUGAGCUCGUCGAAGAUAUUGAUUUUGGAGAGCUGAGCCUCGAAGACUUUCUGAAACGCGACGCCGUUGGCACACAGCAGACCAUUGAUGUACAUAGCUAUACAGUGCAAUCAAUAGAAGAAUAUGACAAGGAAAAGGAGAAAUUUGAGGACCUGCACAAGUCCAUUUCUGCCUGCGAUCAAAUCCUACAAUCAGUAGAGACGUACUUGACUGGCUUUCAGGCGGAUCUAGGAGCUGUAUCUGCCGAGAUCGAGACUCUUCAGUCACGAUCUGCUUCCAUGAACACCAAGCUCGAGCGCCGCAAAGUUGUCGAGAACCUCCUUGGACCGAUAGUGGAAAGUUUGAGCUUGUCGCCAGCAGUCGUUCGAACGAUUUCCGAAGGAACGGUCGAUGAGGCAUGGGUUCGCGCCUUGGCCGAGCUCGAGAAGAGGUCCAGAACGAUUGAAGCAAAGAGACAGGAGUCACAAAAAGUCAAGGCGUUGGAAGAUAUCGAGCCUCUGCUCGAGAAUCUAACGAACAGAGCCAUUGAGCGGAUACGAGACUACCUCGUCGCCCAGAUCAAGGCGUUGCGGUCUCCUAACAUCAACGCACAAAUUAUCCAACAGGACAACUUCAUGAAAUACAAAGACCUCUAUGCCUUCCUAGCACGGUACCAACCCAAACUUGCCGAUGAGAUUGGGCAGGCGUACGUGAAUACAAUGCGAUGGUAUUACCUCAGUCACUUCACGCGAUACGAGGCUGCUCUCAAGGCUAUCAAGCUUCAUGUUGUUGAUAAAAAUGAUCUCAUAGGACAACAAGAUGAUCCUAGCCUUCGACGACCGGCAAAACCGGGUCCAGCCACACAUGAUCCGUUCAGUUUGGGUAGACGGAUCAACGCUUUGAAGCCUUCAUCACGAACUGCGCUUUCGUCCUAUCUCGCGGAGGAGGACAAGUCCACGCAUUACAUGGAAACUCCGUUUAGAUCGUUCAACCUGGCGCUGAUUGACAAUGCUAGCUUCGAAUAUUCGUUCCUCAGUGGGUUCUUCGCGCCGACACAGAAUUUCCACGCCAUUUCCCGAACAUUCGAUGCAAUAUUCAACCCUACCUUCAACCUAGGCCAGAAUCUGACCAAGUCGUUGGUGGAGAACAGUACGGACGCAUUGGGGAUCCUGCUAUGCGUUCGUAUUAACCAGCAGAUGGCGUUCGAGCUACAGCGCAGAAAAGUACCCGCCGCUGAGGGCUAUGUCAAUGCCACCAACAUUCUGCUCUGGCCUCGAUUCCAACAGGUGAUUGACCUGCAUUGUGAAUCUUUGAAACGGGCAUCCGCCGCUCUGUCUGGUCGCACGGGGGCCUCAGCGCUCCUCUCGGGUGGGGGCACGGCGGUUCCAGUGCAUUCAACUGCGCCGCAUCCCCUCACACAGCGGUUCGCAAGUUUCUUGUUGGGAGCCUUGAAUCUAAGCAGUGAAGCCGGUGAUGAUGAGCCCGUGGCCAGAAGUCUCGGCCGCCUAAGGGGUGAAUACGAGGCAUUUCUCACCAAGUUCAGCAAAUCUGUUGGAGAAGCGAGGAAAAGGGAGAGGUUUCUGUUCAAUAACUUCUCAUUGGUAGCGACAGUGCUCGAAGAAGCACAAGGGAAGCUUGCUGAGGAGCAUCGUGAGCAUUUCGCGGAGCUCAAGGAGACAUAUGGGGACUAG